CUUUAUAAAGGGCUUUACCAAAUCGCACCAAUGAAAUGCAGAGGUAAAAAUUGGCUGGAAUUCUAUUGGUCGAAGCACUCGUCUUCCGUUUUUGAACGGCAAACAGCGCUUGCAUGGUGGUGGCUGUGAGGCGGAUUCGCUUUGUUUUCCUUUUAACUCAUUAGUUGUUUUUUUUCAUUAUUACAGAUUGAUUUAACGUUUGCGCUUUCCGACUUAAGAGGUAUCACCCCGAAGUAUAUCAAAGCGAUGGUAAAACUUUAUUAGACACGUAUUAUUAUGAAAUAUUAUUGUAUUUGCUGCUGGGUUGGUUAUCUUGGUGAAUUUUGCAGAUUUAGUCUAAGUGAGAUAGAACAUGGCAAGACAAGGUGUAUCAAGACCAAAGGUAGUAGUUGUAGUCGACUAUUAUAUAUGAAUAUUUUACGAAUACCUUUGUUUUACCAUGUUUUGUUUUGUACUUAAAGCAAAGUGUCUCUCGCAGGUGGUCUCAUCAGGCAGGCUUACAGGCUCUGGAAGGGGACAAAUUCACAAGAGAAAGGUCACUGGGAGAUCUGUGCCACCUCUUGAACCAGCAUAUUCCCUUUAUUCAACAGACUCAGAAGAUCAGGUGAUGACAAUACACGAGGGACUGGACCGGUGUGCUGCUUUACUCAAUGGGAUACUUCAAGCUGAACAGGCAGAAUCAAAGCCCAAACCACAGGGAACAAAGACCAUCUUUAAACCCAAACCCAAGAAUUUAUCAAGAAAGAUUGAGACAGACAAGAAAAAACACGGGAAGAAGGCAAACACGGCUAUGCAUUUGAACAAAAUUAAAAUGAAGCCAGGUCCGGUGCAAAAGACUAUUUUAUCUACUAGUUCUCACACCGGUUUAGCAGGGCAGCCAUGUUGCCGAAGUGAUCAGAAUCCUGGGAUCAGAUGGGCACAGGGGUCACAUGAUCAGCCUGCAGGACUGACCCCUGUAACACAAGCUCCGCAACACUCAGUUCCACAGGCCUGCCCUCAACCUGCUGCCAGCUGUAAUCUGCCAUCUUCAGGUCAGGUUCAAACAUCUACUGUGUUUAACUGUCGGCUGACCACAUCAACUCCUGCACUGAGCCCUCAAAGACCUGGACCAUCAAACAGUGAACCUAUAAUACAACAAAAAUCCAACUGUCAAAUAAAGAGCUGCACAACAGAGCAUCACAGAUGUGAGUGUACUUCAGAGUGUUUGCAGAGCAAUGGUUCCUCAUCAGGAGAGUUUCAUUGCAUAACUCAGUCGUGGCCCAUGAACGCUGCCACCCCUUUUCUCCCUCAGGGGUCUGUCGCCAAAACAGUCACACAGACUCCAGUUACUGCAUCUCCCGUCCAAAAUGGACCAAGCGCUCGAGUAGAACAAGGGGUGCCUUUGAUCACCAGUCCAAUCUGUGGUGUUCCUCAGUGGGGAUCUGUAGGGCCGAACAUUUCUUUGGCAUCAUCAAGUGGGUUCUUGAGCUGCCCUUCAACAGCAGGGUUAGCAACACAAGUCCCCAUCCAGGCCCACAUUAGCCAUCCUCAACCUGAUCCAAAUGGACCUGUACCGAAUCAUUACAAUGCCCACGAGCAGGAGAUCAGUUUGGAGGAGAGUGGAGGCAGUACCAGCGCAGAGGAAAAAGAUGAAGAACAGGAUGGAGUGGACACUACACCUGUCAGAGACAUAAGUUGUCAGACCAGCAAGGAGAAAUUAACAGAUGUGAGUCUCGAAGGCAAACCCACUAGCCCAGAGAAAACCGCCCGGAAAGUGAUGACUCUCAAAUUUAUGCUGGGAGAGCUGAAGACUCUGGUUGCUAAUCAGGACAGUGAGGCUGUACGUCUGAUCUCAGAGGUGGAGCAGAACAUCUCCCUACUACCUGUCAUGGUGGGCAGCACCAACAUCCAGGCGGAGAUCGCACUCGCCCUGCAGCCUCUCAGGAGCGAGAAUGUACAGUUGCGUAGACGAUUGCGAAUACUCAAUCAGCAGUUAUUGGAAAGGGAGAGAGCAGAACGGCGGGCCAGGCCUGUGGACUGCAACAUGGAGGUGGUUGCAUUGCAGUCACUGAACCUCACUCUCCAGACCCAGUUAAAUGAGAGCCGUGGAGAGCUUGAGACUCUGCAGCAGGAGAACAUGAGACUACAGAAAGCUGUGGAGGACAUAGAAAGUUACCUGCAGCAGCACAAGGAGCUGUGCAAGUUAGAAAACCAUCGCCUAAGGCUGGAGGUGAAUGAUGCAUUAACUGAAAUGCAGAGCUGCAAAAAUAAACUCCAAGAGUGUGAGAUUGAGAAGUCUUCAUUGACACUGAGUCUCCAGCAGAGGGAGGCAGAGAUCAGCAGACUGCAGGAGGUCAUCAGAAAUCUACAGAGAAACCAGAGAAAAUACAUAACUGAACAUUCUCCACAAUUAGAUUUGUGUCAACCAAACUCUCACUCUCAGCUUACAAAGAGUGUUCUGGAAUUGCAUGAAAAUGCACAGAGAGAGACUGCUGUAUUAGACCAACUUUCAGACUCUGUAAAGACCUAUCUUCAAACUCUAGAGGGGACUGGACAGGCCUCUCCUCCCCAAAGAGUUCAUGUGAGGUCCCAGACAUUACAACCAGCUUCCCCUGUCCAGUCUGAUGUUGGAAAAGAAAGCAUUAUAUUAUCAAAUACUAAAGUCUGUUCACCAAAAGUCAGGGGUAUACAUGAGCCAACCCUGGAAGCCAUAGGUGAGAAUGUGCACCAAUUACAGCAGAAGAGAACAAUUUUUGCCCCUUUAAGAGAGGCGCCAAUGGUGCAGCUUGCCACUGGGGUUGCUCAAAGUAAACCUCACACUCAGUGUGAUGAGCUGAUAACAGCCAAGAGUCAAAGGGAAAAUUUGGAUGGGCCUGUAGGGCUGAAAUAUCUGGGACAUGCUUUUACUGAAAAGCUGGGCAUCUCUGAUGUGCUCCAUACUCAGAGCCGAGAUUUCCUUUCAGAUCCUGAUGGUGCAGCCUUGCAAUUAAAUCAGAAAAACAAGAGCCUGGAUGAUCACACGAUGCAAUCCCAGCAUGCCCGUCAGUGCCUAAGGAUGGGUAUUGAGUCGGCAUACACUGGGCGGCCCUCAGUGAUGGAGAAGACCUACUCCUCUUGUGAUAUUAAGUCUUUGGCUUCUGAUUGGAGCUUAAACUCCUGGUCGACGUUUAACACACGAGAUGAGCAGAAUUUCAGAGACGGGCUAGCAGCACUAGAUGCCAGCAUAGCAAGUCUGCAGAGGACUCUAAAGGCUGAUUUAAACAAAUGAAAAUGUUGUACUUAAAAGUGCAUUGAAUUGAUUUUAUUUUUAAUUUGAUUGUGUGUAAUUUAUGGAUAUUUUACCUGUCUUUUUUAU